AUGAAUAAUAGGAAUAAGCUACUCUUUGAGAAUAAAGAGUACUCCGUGGAAGAAACUGUUUUGAAAAUCCUUCAGGACUCAAGAGCUUGGAAAGGCACCAUUGAGGCCAACAAAAAGCAACAAGUGCCACUUAUUGUGGAGCCUCACCAAAAUUUAUCUAACUUGCAUCUGGUAUUGCUUUCUUCCAUCACAGGUACCAACUCGUGGAGUGUUCACACGAAUGCUGCAUGGAACUCAACCUUUGGCAACUGUGGAAUGGGAUGGCACUUCAAAGACACGUUGGCUACACCAGCAGGCACAUUCUCCUCAACACGCCGCUCAGUCUCCUCUGCCCUUGUAGCCGAGGCUUUGGCGUUAAAGGCUGCAAUCUCUUCCGCAGCAAAUUGUGGUAUUGGUAUUGAGUCCCUUGAAGUCUUCUCUGACUCUAAAGGCCUCAUUACUCUCCUCAACACCAAGAAGAACAAUGUUUAG